AUGACGCUAAGUUUAAACAGUAACCGUCUGUCUCUCUCUUUGUUUUUCCUCCAGGACGUCAUCGUUGGCUUCCUGUACAGCAUCCUGAUCUUGAUCUUCUUCCUGCCGGUGUUGGACCUGAUCGACAGCUUCAACCUGACCUGCCGCUACGCCCCGCUCAUGAUCGUCUCCCUCCACCUGGGCCUGGGCCUCUUCUCCUUCAACCUGGACACCUGGAGCACCUCCCGGGGCGACACCGCUCAGAUCCUGGGCACGGGCGCCGGCAUAGCCCUGGCCUCCCACGUCAACCACCUCCUGGGCCUGAUGCCCGACCCGACGCCGGACCAGCUCCCGCUCACCAUGCCCGCCCUCAACGCUCGCCUGGUGGCCGUGGCCCUGCUGCGCCUCGUCCUGGGCGUGCUGGUGCUGGUGGCCACGCGGGCGCUGAUGAAGGCCCUCACCAUCCCGCUGGUGUGCCGGGUGUUCGGCGUGCCCAGCGCAGACGUGAGGAAGGCCAGGCAGCACAUGGAGGUGGAGCUCCCCUACCGCUACAUCGUGUACGGCAUGGUGGGCUUCAACGUGCUCUUCCUCGUCCCGCUGCUCUUCAGCUACGCUCAGUUCUCCUGACUGGAUGAAGUGACCCUCCAGAUCUGAUCUGGAUGCUGUUAGUUUCCCCCCUUCGUUGGCUCCGGUCGGCUCAGGCUGAACCGGGAGCAGCUCUCCUGACAAUCUGCUCAAUUUGGCCUCGACUGUUAUGAGUGGCGAGUGAUAUCUCUCUGUUCUUUUUAGAUUUAUUUAAAAUCAAAUGGCUCCUCCUGGUCGCACUGAGCCAAACAUGCACUCCUCCUCUCAGCUUAAUUCAUAUUAGAGAGCAAAAAGCUUUUCCCACAGUGGAAGACUGAAAACGCCACUGACCGCUACUGAUAAAUUACUGUGUCUUAGUAUUUACAUUUAUAUUAAUGCUAGAGUUGUUAUUAAGAGUUCAGACAAAGAACCACACUCGAAGGGACAUUGUGUCUCCUCGGUGAAUCCACAAACAACAAACGAUUAAUAAAAUGUCAGACGAUAAUUCAAAAUGUUUAAAAAUGAAAAGCGAAAUGAAGAUGAAAUGUUUGUUCACUCUUUGUGUGGUUCUUUGUCGGGAAGCUUCUUAAUAUUAAUGUUUGAUCUUCCUCUCGUCUGUCUCACCUCUCGAAGCAAUAAGAUCCUUUUUUUAAUUUUACACUUCCUUAUCGUUGUAUCGGAGUCACCUUUGACCCCCCUGUGGAGUGGACAUUCCUGUGUUUUUAAACGUAUAAAAUAGACCGACGCGCAGAAGAAAUCGUAUCGUUUUCGAAGCGUUUGUUUGAAGGUCGUCUAAAGGGCUCUUCCCACUCUUUCUGCUCUGCUUCCGUCUUUAUUCAGACGGAUUAAGGUCUCUUCUCUCGCUCUGAGAUCGAUGGCGACAACCGGGCACAAACUGUACGACCCAGAAGAAAGGAAGCUUCAUUCUUGUUUGGGAAACGUACAGAGACGUUUUUUGUUUUUUUUAAAUAGUUGUCAGGAUUUGUCCACUUGGCUCAGCAUUUUCCUUUUUUUGAACACUGUAAAACUGACUUCCUGUUAGAGAUGCUCCUGAUGGCACGCAGCCACUUCCUGUGCAGAGGAGAGUUGCUGGUGUCAGGAGGGCGGCGGCGGCGGAGAUAACGGCGCUCUCAGGAGAGAGGACGCGUGGAGCGCCGGCAGCCGAGAGACCAGAGGGAGGUCGGGAUGAUGAAGGGAGGACACAGCUCAGGCAAAACAUACAUAUAUAUAUAUUUGAAACAAUACAGUUUUAUAGCCUUCUUCACGGGCCUCAGAUUUAUAAGAACAAGUUGUUAUAUUUCUCAUUUUAGAAUAAACUCAAAGAAAAGUAGCAUUUCAAGAACAAUGUAAAUUGAAUAUAUUGUAAUAGGUGAAAGUCAUAAAUCAUAUGCUCAUAAAGUUACUAUCUUAGAGGUCCAGUGUGGAGGAUUUAGUGACAUCCAGACGUGUGGUGGCAGAUUGCAACUGCCUCGCUUCACCCUCUCCUUCCAGUCGGGAGCAGAGAAACUACGGCGUAUACUCAGUUCCUGACAAUAGAUCCUGUCACACACUGGACCUUUAAAAUACUCUGUUUUUUUCUCAUAUAAUUACAAUUUUAUUCUUGAAACACUUGAAAAUCUUGAAAAAUCUUGUAAUUUUAUUCUCAAAUUCAGUGUUUUUGACAAUCUGACAACAGCUCAGUUUGUGUUUUCAUGGUCAGGGUUUCAAAAGGAUCUGAUCUGAGCGGUUCUGGUCCAGUUCUAAUACCUGAAUUUGGAUAUCUACUGAUACCGCCUAGUUAACACAACUUCCACCCCUCUGAAUCUUUGCUUUACACACAUUACAAGUCUUUGCUCUUCUGUGUUUAAAGACUAAAAUAUUUCAGCCAGCUGCUCCUCGCUCAGAUGCAGACUGGAUUCAUGGUCCAGCACCUGGACUGGAACUGAAACUGGGAAACAAAAACAUACGGGGACUACUGGAUAUCUGUGUGCAACGGUUUUAUUUUAGAAAUGAAUGAAUUCGCUAAUUCAGUUUUUUGAUAUUUAUCGGCAAACCUAUACGCCGACGAUCGUCUGUUAUAUCGACAGGUUGGACACGCUGGAAAAAGUUGGUGUUGAGCUUUUAUUUAAACUGUUUUGAUUAAUUCUGGCCUCAAUCGUCCUCCGAAACGUCUCCAUUAGAUCAGAUUGUCCCUCGCUGUGCAGGUGGUCCACCAGCUGACUCUCUGAUGGCGGAUUAUUUUUAGUUUUUAGGCCUCAAACAUUUCACUGUCCGCCGUCCGUGCUCAGUCUCCUCGAGGCAAUAAUGACUGAACAUCUGGACCGAUGUUUCAUUCGCACAUUCCUCCUCGUGUUUCUCCACCGCGGCGGUUGUGGCUGAAGUGCCUUGCUCGAGGGCACUGUUGUUGUUAUUUUGUUUUAAACCAGCUGGCGGAGGGUUCAGGUGCUGCUGCCCCCUGCUGGUGACCUUUCACCUCUGAACUGAAGUCCAACAGAAAGUCCUGCGGGCAGCAGGUGGAGCAGGAAGCAGCGUUUCCAGCUGACUUGUUGUAUGUUGUUGUAUCCGGUACUGUUCUCAUAUGAAUGCACUGUUCCCAGAAUGCACUGUUUCCACCCCCGGGCCGGGCAGAGGAGGUGACAUUGGUCCUGAAUGUGAAUCUGAGGUUGUUUAUCUUCCUGUAGAGCUGUGAAGGUUGUGAGCAGCGACUGCAGUCAGACAGUUUGGAUUCUGCUGUUUAAUUUCUGUUUUUUGUGUUUA